AUGCUUAAAUAUGAUAAGCAAACAAAAAUUCUGAAAUGCUUGCCACGGAUCUCUGCUCGGCUAGAUGUUGGCCAAGUGUUCGACGGGCGUGCAACAGGGAUUCACACUAACGAGAGCUUGGUGGCUCGUACUGCCCAGUUCAGAGCAAAGAUCACACAGUGCAUCAUCUGCCGAGGCGCGGUGAUCGGUGACAACGCAGAGCUCACAAGUGUUAUUGUGACAAGGGAUCAGCGUGUCAGUGCUAAUGGUUAG